AGGCCGCAGCAGUGGCAAAGGACCACCUCAGCCUACGAUUUCUUUCGAUGGCAUCUAUGCAAACAUGAGAAUGGUUCACAUACUCACAUCAGUUGUUGGAUCCAAAUGUGAAGUACAAGUGAAAAAUGGUGGUAUAUAUGAAGGAGUUUUUAAAACCUACAGUCCUAAGUGUGAUUUGGUGGUUGAUGCUGCUCAUCGGAAAACUGCAGAAUCCAGUUUGGGGCCAAAACGUGAAGACAUUCUGGAGAGUAUCCUGUUCAAGUCUUCAGAUUUUGUAAUGGUGCAUUUUAAGGAUAUGGAUACCAAUUAUGCCAGAAGAGAUGCUUUUACUGAUUCAGCCAUUAGUGCUAAAGUUAAUGGAGAACACAAGGAAAAGGAUCUUGAACCAUGGGAUGGAGGAGAGAACACGGCUUCUGAGGAGCUCGAGGCACUGGAGACAGAUGUGUCUAAUGGAUGGGAUCCCAAUGACAUGUUUCGUUACAAUGAAGAAAAUUAUGGUGUAGUAUCAACUUAUGACAGCAGUUUAUCUUCUUAUACGGUGCCAUUAGAAAGAGAUAAUUCAGAAGAGUUUUUAAAACGGGAAGCCAGAGCAACUCAAUUAGCAGAGGAAAUUGAAUCAAGUGCCCAAUACAAAGCUCGGGUUGCCUUGGAAAAUGAUGAAAGGACAGAAGAAGAAAAAUAUACUGCUGUUCAGAGAAAUGCUAAUGAAAGAGAAGGACAUGGUGUGAACACUAGAGAAAAUAAAUACAUUCCGCCUGGACAGAGGAACAGAGAUGUCCUGUCCUGGGGAAGUGGAAGACAAAACUCACCAAGGAUGGGCCAGUCUGGCUCAGGCCCACCAAUCUCAAGGUCUGGAUCCCACACUUCAGAAUUCAGCCCAAACUCUGGAGCAGAUCAAAGAGUAGUUAACGGAGGUGUUCCCUGGCCAUCGCCUUGCCCAUCUCCUUCCUCUCGCCCACCUUCUCGCUACCAGUCAGGUCCCAACUCUCUUCCACCUCGGGCAGCCACCCCUACACGGCCGCCCUCCAGGCCCCCCUCGCGGCCCUCCAGGCCCCCGUCUCACCCCUCUGCUCAUGGUUCUCCAGCUCCUGUCUCUACUAUGCCUAAACGCAUGUCUUCAGAAGGGCCUCCACGGAUGUCUCCUAAGGCUCAACGGCACCCUCGAGGUCACAGAGUCUCUACUGGUAGGGGUACAAUUUCAAGUGGCUUAGAAUUUGUAUCUCAUAAUGCACCUGGGGAAGCAUCUACUGCUGCAGUGGCACGAGGCAGCCCUUCAGGUGGGACGUGGUCAUCAGUUGUCAGUGGGGUUCCGAGAUUAUCCCCUAAAACACACAGGCCUAGGUCUCCAAGGCAGAGCAGCACUCCCAUGGGACCAGCUCUGCCUUCUCCUCAGCCUGGUACUAUUCCCACUGAAUCUGUUGCCAUGCCUGUUCCAGCUGCCUCUCCUACACCUGCCAGCCCUGCAUCCAACAGAGCAGUCACCCCUUCCAAUGAAGCUAAAGAUACCAGGCUUCAGGACCAGAGGCAAAAUUCUGCAACUGGAAACAAGGAGAAUAUAAAGCCAAGUGAGACUUCUCCUAGUUUUCCUAAACCUGAAAACAAAGGUGUCUCUCCAAUUGUUUCAGAGCAUAGAAAACAGAUUGAUGAUUUAAAGAAAUUUAAGAAUGACUUUAGGUUACAGUCAAGUUCCUCUUCAGAUGCAGUGGAUCAGCUGCUAAACAAAACCCGAGAGGGGGAAAAAUCAAGAGAUGUAGUUAAAGAAAAGACAGAAUCCACCCCUAAAGAAUCUAUCAUAGAACCUGGCAGUAACACCAACUCCAAUGGUGGCAGUAGCAAACCCAAUAGUCCCAGUAUUUCUCCUUCCAUAAGUAACAGCUCUGAGCAAAAGCGAGGGCCUGAGGUGACUUCCCAAGGUGUGCAGACAUCUGGGCCUGGAAGUAAACAAGAUAAAGAGGAUAAAGAGGAGAAGAAGGAUACUUCUGAGCAAGUUAGAAAAUCAACACUUAAUCCUAAUGCUAAAGAGUUCAACCCUCGAUCUUUUGCUCAACCGAAACCUUCUACUACACCAACCUCCCCUCGUCCACAAGCUCAGCCCAGCCCCUCCAUGGUGGGUCAUCAGCAGCCAACCCCUGUGUACACUCAGCCUGUUUGUUUUGCACCAAAUAUGAUGUACCCGGUUCCAGUGAGUCCAGGCGUGCAGCCUUUGUAUCCUAUUCCCAUGACGCCCAUGCCAGUGAACCAAGCCAAGACAUAUAGAGCAGGUAAAGUACCAAAUAUGCCCCAGCAGCGGCAAGACCAACACCACCAGAGCACCAUGAUGCAUCCUGCCUCAGCAGCAGGCCCUCCAAUUGUAGCUACUCCACCUGCUUACUCAACACAAUAUGUUGCAUAUAGUCCCCAACAGUUUCCUAAUCAGCCUCUUGUGCAGCAUGUGCCACACUACCAAUCUCAGCAUCCUCAUGUUUAUAGCCCUGUAAUACAGGGCAAUGCCAGGAUGAUGGCCCCACCAGCACACGCACAGCCGGGUUUAGUAUCUUCCUCUGCAACACAGUACGGUGCGCAUGAACAGACACAUGCUAUGUAUGUUUCCACUGGCUCACUUGCUCAGCAGUAUGCCCACCCUAAUGCUACCCUGCAUCCGCAUCCUCCUCAUCCUCAGCCUUCUGCCACACCAACUGGCCAGCAGCAAAGCCAACAUGCUGGAAGCCACCCUGCUCCCAGCCCCGUGCAGCACCACCAGCACCAGGCUGCCCAGGCACUCCACCUGGCCAACCCCCAGCAGCAGUCGGCGAUUUACCACGCAGGUCUAGCUCCAACCCCUCCUUCCAUGACGCCAGGCUCCAACACGCAGUCUCCACAAAAUAGUUUUCCUACAGCACAACAAACAGUCUUCACCAUUCAUCCCUCCCAUGUUCAACCUGCAUAUACCAAUCCGCCACACAUGGCCCAUGUCCCCCAGGUAAACACAGUUUAACAACCUUCAAGACUUAAAUGUCUUAAUGCCACAAAGAUUAGGACAAAAGUCGGGCCUGCUGAAGUGAUUUCCAUUCUGUCACCUCUCAGCACAGACUUACCUGUUAUUGUUAUUUAGGUUUCUUGUCUGUACAUUGCCUUUAUUUAGAGUUUGACAAGAUGUUUGGACCUCAGCUUCCAACACCUAGUGCAUCUGCAACUGUAGUUUAAUGAAGACAUCUUAAGCUGGCACUGCUACUGAAAUAAAUUGAGCUCCAUUCCCAGUUCCUGGCUCCCAUCCUUGUCCCUGCCCCACCAUCCUGCUCACAGGACUGUUUGGCCAUGCAGCAAACCAGACUGGGGACACAAUUCAUGAAAUGUGCCUCCCCUACCCCCCAUUUUAGGCUGUUUCUUGGAAAAACAGUUCACUGCUCAGGUGCAUGAUCCCAGGAAGAGCUGGCAUACAGAAAGGUUGGAGAGCUGAGUGCAGGAAGGCUGAAUUGCUGCUUUUGGUGGCAGUUUUAGGCUCUGCAUUGUGGGCAAAUUUAUCCGGGUACAUUCAGAAAAGGAUAUUACACAGAUUAUUAGGGAAUAGCAAGGCACUGCAGUGGGGGGGAGGUGAGGUUCAGUUCAGGGGACUGCAGGACAAUCCUUGCAGAAGGAAAACCCUGCAUGUGUGUGUCUGUGUGUGGUUCUAAAUGAACUGCUUAUGCAGAAGAUCCCCAAAGAUUGCUGAGCAACUUAAUGACAGUCCUUGAUUCAGAAUCAGAAAUCUCCUUCUCUAACUGCUCUCUUUUGUGGCCAGCUUACUAAGAAAAAAAAAAAAGAUUUGGGAGGGGAAGCACAUGGUUGAUUCAUCGAGAGCUCUGUGUAAAGCAAUGUUGCAGAGAUGUCCUGAUGUUCACUAAAUCUCCUGGAUCUAGUGUCCUUUGUCAAGGAAUGGACAGUUAAAGCAGUAAUUUGCCUGCAGAAUUUCUUCUUCAGACCAAGAACUUGGUGUCUGGCUUCUGCCUUCUCAUGCAGGUUAUCAAUAGUUUGGGAUGUGCUGGCUGACUGUGAUUAGGGAGGUUUGUCCAACGGGUGUCCAAUCCCAUACAGAAUUCUGGUAAAACCUUUGCUUUGGUCCCUGGGACAGUCAGUUAAGCCAGUAAAUUAAUAGUUAUUUAGGAAUUGUUUUACUUAUGUUGAGUGUUUAGCUUUUUGAUUCUUUUAGGCUUUUAAUUUCUCUGCUUUUUUGGGGGAGGAUGAGGAGAGGAUGUCCAAACUUGGUAGUCUUGCCACGUCCUUCCAGGCUCUGGUUUCUGCCAGAAACAAGACUCCUGCUCUGCUCUGGUGUGAUGGCACUGCUGUGAAUGCCCGGGUUGUGUGUGGAGCUUCUCAGCAGGGUCUUGGCUUAGGGACACGUUCAGUGUCUUGCCUUGAAACAUGAAACGUGUUUAGUUCAAGGACAUGUCAAGGUAAACCUGUACCUGAAAUGUGCUGUACACGCCAUGGCCAGGCCCAUGGAUGCAGGAUGUGACCACUGCCUUCCUUUCUGUGUGCCAAGCACUUAUCCAAACCACAUUAAGCAUAUCAGAUGCAACUUUGAGUCAGAGCUGCCUGCUCAGGCAGGAUUUUUAGCAAUCACAGACAAAUCCUGCCUUGCCCUUGAUUUUAACUGCUGCAGUCUCUUCUGUGAUUUUUUUAAGAACGAAAACUACAAUCUAUAAUCUGUGAUAUUUACACCAAACUAAUUGACUUUCCCAAUGAAGUAGUUCCCUCUAAAGAUCUCUAGUGAAGGAAUAACUACAGUUCAGUCAGAAAUUUAAAUGCAUGUAAUUAUUCCAUCGUGGGGAAACCAAUCACUGGAUUGUACAGUUUCUUAUCAGCCUCAUUUCCAGCUUCUAAACACCAUCCUGAAACACCACGUGGUAAGAAUUCCAGUCAGGCCAACACAGGGGAUCAAUCCAAUUUCCCUGUAGGUUGUCAGAUGACUCUUGAGCUGGUAGAUAUCUCACUUGAGAACCAGUACUUUUAAAAUUCAUUACAGAGUUCUGUCAGCUGCCAAUUUGCAAAGUGUUCGAGCCACAGCAGAAAAAUUUUACCCACUGUGUGUCUUGACUCCAGCUGCUCCAUGAAUAGCUUCUCUAUAAUGAUGCUCCUCCAAUAGCAUGUUUGUCAAAGUCAACGUGGAGCCAGUCCUGGGAGGUAUUUCUGUUCCACAGCCUGAUCUUCUAAACCUUUUUUUAGAGCAAGAGUGAGAUUUGAAUUGCAGUUCCUGCCUUUAAAGGCUCCUGGAGUGCUACUAACACGUGCGAAUCUGAUAAAAGAGUUUGAGGAAUGUCUGUGAUGAGUCAAGUAACCCUUUUGUCUUUAAGAAAUAAAAUUCUGGCCACUA